AUGGCCGGAGUCACCGAAAUCGCCUUUGCUCCUCUAAAUAAGGGCAUCCGCCUCACCGACCCUAGCAGCGACGCGUACAAGACCCUGACGGAAAAAGCUCUGAGGCCGAUCCGAGAGUGGAAAGAAUGUCAAGCCAUCUAUUGGGGUGUCGGAGUCGAGGAUCCAGAUCAGCUCCGCCUGUUUGUCGACUGGGACUCCCUGGAGGCUCAUGAAGCGGCGAACAAAGACCCUGCCUACCUGCCUGCUGUUAUACCCAUCGCCUCGGUAUGCUCUGGGGCUCAUUCUGUUUUCCAUGCACGAUUCCACCCCCAUCCACCAAACGUUCUUGCUUCAGCGCCAGUGACCGAAGUUAUGACGACUUACUUUCCAGCUGAUUACUCUCCUGAGGAUCAGAAGAAGUAUGAUAGUAAUACUAGGGAGUUUCUUGAGGCCUGCCGCACGAUUGCCGACGGGCCCUUAUUGAGUAGUUCGGGGUGGGCUGAGGAAACGCUGGAGAUCGACGAUGGUGAGACAGCGAAGGCUUAUAUCACGCUGCUUGGAUGGGAGUCAAUCAAUCAUCAUAAGGCCUUUCGCGAGACGCCCGCUUUUAAAAAGCUGACGGAGAAAUUGGACUAUCCGAAAAGCUUGAAGAAGGUGGAGAGUGUCCACGUCCGGGUCAAGGAGUUCAAGUGA